UGAUGCUCCGUUGAGCGAAUCACCUAUCAGAGAAACGAACUUGGAAGAGACUCUCCAAACUGUAGUAUAAUGCACACACAUAUCUAGUUUUUUGCGUUGUUUUCUAAGCUUUUUGGACGAAACUAAUCUUUUGUUACUCAACUGUUUCACUGGAUACAUUCCGUCUGAAAAAUCCAAAAUUGCAGACUUCUCAAUGAAAAACCUUUUGGAGCAAAAUGUGGUCAACCGCGGUGUUUCCAAUAGGCACCAAACUUACUGUUCAUCUUGCCAAAAUCAACAUGAAUCAUCAAUCAGUCCUGGUGGAAUUCUGGGGCCAGUUUGAAAAAGAGAGGAAAGGGGAAUAUCAACGCCUUAAAAAAGCAAUUCAGAUUUUUCCUAAAAGUAGAUUUACUGAUGCUGAUGGCAGUUCUGGGGACUUGUGCCUCGUACAGAUCCUUGAAAAAUGGUACAGGGGAAGAAUUCUUUGUAGGAAUGGAAAGGAGUAUCAUGUAUUCCUUAUUGAUGAAGGGAGAGCCUUAAGGGUUGGGGCUUAUAACCUUGCUCUUGGAUGUAGCGAGUUUUUCCAGCUUCCUCCAGAAGUAGAGUUUUGUGUUGUUUCUAAUGUUGUUCCUCUUUCUGCUGAAAACAAGUGGUCACCAAUGGCACUGGAGUUCAUAAAGUCUCUUAAUGGAUAUACGAUGGAAUGUGUUGUUCAAGAUAUACUUGUACCCCACAGAACUUUUCUCCUGGACAUACCAAGUGUGUCAAAACAGAUGUUUGAGAUGGGAUUAGGAAGAAAACUUUCAAACCAGUUGUUCAAGUGUUUUGUAGAGAAAUGCCUUCUGUCUUCAGGUGUUCCUGUAGCCAGUGAAGAGUUUCUUCCUGCUUCUCAAUUAAAUGACUAUGAACCAGAAAAAACAUGUCAGUGUUAUUUCUAUCCACAGCUGCAGUCUGAUACCUUAGAGGCAGUAGUUGUUACAGAGCUGGUGAAUCCAUCAAGAUUUUUUUGCCAGCUUCGAAUUUUUGAUAUAGAACUCAUUAAGUUAGGAGAACAGAUGCAACAGUUUUAUGAAGGAAGCAAAGGAGUAGAUAAAGUACAUCCUAAAACUGUUGGUUCACCAUGUGCUGCUAGAGGGAGCAAUGGAAAAUGGUACAGAUCACUCGUACAACAGGUUCUGUACAGCAGAGAUGUAGAAGUGUUGCAUGUCGAUUAUGGGAAGAAAGAAUUGGUCUCAUUAUCAAAUAUCAGAAAUUUGUCAUCAGAGUUCUUUAGGAUGCCUGUUGUUACAUAUGUAUGCUCAUUACUUGGUAUGUCUGGAACUGGGUGGUCAACUUCUCAAACAGACCGUUUAAAGGCCCUUGUAUUGCACAAAGUUGUUCAUGCCAAAUUUGAAUAUUAUAGUUAUUCAGAGGGUGUUUACUAUAUCUCCCUUUAUGCUGAUGAGAAGGUAAAUGUAAAUUCCUUUUUUAGCACGAAAGACCAUGAUUUUCAAGAUUGCAAAGCGUUAGUUUCUCCUGAAUCUCGGACUGUUUACAAGGAGCACUUAUUUCCAAUUGGAAGUGUUUUGAAUGUAUCUGUGUGUCAUAUUGAAAGCCCCAGUGAUUUUUGGUGCCAAUUGUCUAAGAAUUCGGAUAGUCUGAAGAGUUUGAUGGAAGAAAUGUCUGACUACUAUGCCACUAAUUUAGAUCCUUAUGUACCUACUGAUACAGCUUGUGUUGCUAGGUCUAUGAAAAGUGGAAGAUGGUAUCGAGGAUUAAUUCUAAAGAAAUUAUCAGGACAUGAAGCUGAGGUUUUGCAAAUAGAUUUUGGCAUUAUUAUGACAGUCCUUUUGAAAGACCUGAGAGCUAUACAUCCAGACUUUCUUCAUUUGAAAGGUCAGGCAUUUAGGUGCAGCUUAUACAACUUGAUUCAGCCUCUUGAGCUCGAUCCUUUAAAGUGGACUGAUGAAGCUUCUACUCAGUUCAAGGAGUUUGUUCGUUCAGCUGAAACUGAUCACUAUAUUCUAAAGUGCACAGUUUAUGCAGUUAUGUAUAACUCUCACAAAGUUUUUUUUAAUGUAGUAGACUUAGAAACACCAUUUCAAAGUAUCUGUGGCUUACUUGUCCAAAAAAGACUAGCUGAGCGGGCACCAUUAAAAAAACUUCCACAGCCUCCUUUUCGUUUGGACACAUACUAUCAUUCAUCAUUCAAUAUUAAAACUGGUAGUGAAGAGAUUGUUUAUGUAAGUUGUGUCAAGGAAGUCAGCAAUUUCUAUUGUCAUUUGAAAAGAAACUCUGAUGCCAUUGAUCAAGUAAUGGAAAAAGUCAACAGUGUUUGUGCUCAGUUGCAGCUUUUAGACUGCCCUAAAACAUUUGGCACUGCAUGUUUUGCAAAAUAUGAGGAUGGACAGUGGUAUAGGGCCCAAAUAAAAUCUGUAAAUCCUAAAAUUACAGUUUGUUUUGUAGACUAUGGAGAUAUCAAAGAAGUUGAAAAAACUCAUUUACUUCCAAUUCCUAUCGAUUCUUCUGACAUCAUGUCUGUGCCAGUCCAGGCACUUCCCUGUAGCUUGUCAGAUGUUCCUCAGGAUGUUCCUCCAGAGGUGGUUGAUUGGUUUGAAAAGGCUGUUCUUGGCAAGGAGCUAAAAGCAGUUGUUGUAGCAAAGGAAUCUGACGGGAAGCUGGUAAUAGAGCUGUAUGAUGGAAAUUGCCAGAUAAAUGCAAAAAUAAUAGAAACAUUUAGAAUGCUUCUAAAUGUAAACUGUCGAGAACAAAGCAUUAAAUAUUCUUGGGCAAAAGAACAAUCCCAUGUUAGAAACAUGAUAAGCAAUGAUGGCAUUCAAUCAAGAUCUAUAAAGAAAGUAUAUGAAUCUGAGGAUAUGCUUGAAAAGCAAAGAGCUAUUAAAUGGCCCAAUAAAUCUAGAAAGCAGUCAAAAGAAAAUGAACAUUCUAAUCCUAAGGAGACAAGAAAAGAAUUCAAAAAAACCUCUGCUGCAGUAACAGUAGAAAGAAGUUAUUCCAAUCAAGUUCCACUCCAUAAGCCUGGUGUCUCGCACCUUUCUAAACAAAAUGUUGAGGCAAUUGUUAAAAUUGCUCAUACUGUAGAAAUUCCCAAACUUUCUAUUCUUCCAUUGAAAACUAUACAGAAUGGCUUUAAAACUGAAGUAUAUGUUUCUUAUUCAAAUAGUCCAGCUAACUUUUUUGUCCAAUUGGUAGAUGAUGAGGAUAACAUAUUUUCUCUUGUGGAAAAACUAAGUACUAACAGAGAUCUUACUCAUUCUGAGAUUGAUUUGUUACAACCAGAUGAUUUAGUAUGUGCUCUGUUUCCAGAUGAUGGUUCCUGGUAUCGUGCUGUUGUGCAAAGCAAGUCCUCCCCAGAUAUAGUUAAUGUGGAGUACAUAGAUUUUGGUAAUACAGCUACCACAAGCCUCAAAAAUUUGCGUUGUCUCUCUAGGGAAUUCUUAUCCAUCCCUAGACUUAGUAUUAAAUGUUCUCUGCAUGGUUUACAAAGCGCAUGUUUAGAUGGAUCUUGGUCCACAGACUCUCAUCUGCAUUUUAAAAAAGCAACAGGGGAGAUGGAAGGAACCAGAAAACUAACAUGCAUGUUCUUAAAACAGUCCGGUUCAGUUUGGGAAGUUGACAUAUGGGACCAGAAUUUACAGAUUGCUGACUAUUUAGUUCAAAGUGGUUUUGCCAAGAAAAGUGGUUUGGAAAUGGCAAAUAGUGAAGGGUGUGAAGUGUUUUCCUUAAGGGCUUCUGUUACAGAUUCAGAAGGAAAAAGAGCAUCUACUGAAAAUGCUGAAGAAUUUCAGUAUAAGUGGUGCAUGUUGCCAGUUGGACAAAUUGUGGAGUCAUAUAUUUCUUCAUUUGUAAGCCCUGAAUUCUUCUGGUGUCAGACUUCCAAUUCAGAUGUUCUGCAAAAAAUUGUUGAAUUGGCAAAUCGUGAAGGAAACUUGCCAAAAGUUGACAAUGAAGUAAUCCAUUUCAGUCCUGGGUCUCCAUGUCUAGCUUUAUUUAAUGAUGAUAAGUGUUGGUAUAGGGCCAUGGUUAAAGAAGUUAAGGAUAAUGCAUUGUUAAUUUUAUUUGUGGAUUAUGGAAAUGAGGUAGAAGUAAGUGAAACAUUUAUCAAGUUAGUUCCACAUGAAUUGUUAAAAAUUCCCACUCAGGCAUUUUUAUGUCGUUUGAGUGGAAUUGACUUUUCUGUUGGCUUGUGGGAUUCUGGUGCAGCAGAUAAAUUUUAUGAAUUUCUUGCAGACCAGCUUUUGAAUGUUACAGUGAUAAGUUGCAUUGAGAGUGAAGACAUGGGGUUUGGAAUCCCCUCCUAUCUUGUUAAUGUUGAAUGCAAUGAUGUAGUUGUAAAUGAUAUGCUGGUGAGCAGAUGGAAAAGUCCUAGUCCAGACAAAAGUAAAUUAUCUGAGAACCCUCAAAUUCUGCCUGAACCAUCCUUUAGUAGCAAUGAAAAAUCACCUGAUAUUGUGGAAAUGAUGCAAAAAAGCAUGGAAGACUUCUUUAGCAAGAGUAUAAAGCAUUUUGAGGAGAGGAAUGUAAGCACACUUGCUGUUUUGUCAGAUGAAAAUAAACUAUGGGAGAAGGACGAUGGAAUGGAUUUUAAUUCUGUUGCAAAUCAGUCAGUAACAUACGAGUGUGAGCCAGCCAAUGUCAUUCUUCCACCACUGGAAAACUGGAAUAAGCAAUUGGAAUCUCAUAAUGCAGUGACUAUAAAGACAGAAAUGGGUAGGAAUACGUCAAUUCUGGACAGUAGUAUAAAUCUUGAAGUGGAUAAUAAACCUUUAAAGAUGUGUUUAGAGGUGAUCUUGGAAGACGGUGAAGGUGCUAAUAUACAAGAUGAAAUGGAAAGUGCUGGUCUUCCACCACUUGAAAGUGUUGAUCCACUACAUCCAACUGAAGAAAUACUUGACGCAGAACUUGUAACAAGCACCAUAUUGUAUGAAAUUACUAAUCAGAAAGACCAGAAUGUUCAACAUCAUAGAAUUACUUCACCAGAAAAAUCCUUAGAAGGAAGUGAAUCAGUGUUAGCUGUCAUGGAACCAAGUGGUCUGCCUCUUGCAAAUCAAGACAGUGGUGCUCAGUUGCUGAAUAAUGGGAAUUGUGUUGCUGACAGUAACUUGGGUAUUAAAUUAAUAAGCAUUAGUAUCGAAAGGUCCUCCUCUGAUAUGGAAGAUGCACCUUCAUAUACUGAAGUUAAUCAAGAAAAUAAUACAACAGAGUUUUCUACAGAACCUCUGACUUUGGCUAGUGAUGUCCAGCCCUCUGUGGAUAGAGAGGUUGAAAUUCAUGAUCACUCCUACUGUAGGAUAAACUGUUCAGAGCAGGAAAGUAGCACAGUAAAUGAGAGCCUUGACUUGCUUCUUCUUUCCAACUGUGAUGUACACUGUGUGGAUGCUCAGGCAGAGGGAAGUGACAUUUACGAUGAGGUGUUUCGCCAGUGUGAAGGUGACAGUGAAGUAAAGUUGGCAGCUCCUGCUGAAAAGGAAAACCAGAAUGAAGGGGAAAACCAGAAUGAAGGAGAUGGUAAUCUUCAGAGUCUAGAUGAAGGUGAAAACAUUAGUGAGAAUACUGAAGAUGUUGAAGGACGACUUGGUGUUGGGGCAGAAUGUUUUGUUUGGUCUCAUGUAUGUAACAAUUGGUGCAAAGCACAGAUACUUAAAAUUUAUGAAGACAUGACUAAGGUUUUGCUGUUGGACUCCGAAUCUGAAGCAAUUGUUGACUCUCAAAAUAUUUGGAGAAGUGUGCCGAAAACUGACCUAAGAGAGAUUGCUCAUGACAAGGAUGAUUCAAAUGAACAAACUAUUUCAAGUAGCAAUAAUAACUGUCAAGUUACCCAGGUGUCUCCAGUGGAAAAGCAUUCUGCAACAAAACAUGAGGGAUUGUCAAUCAGAGAUUUGGAACAAAUUGUCAAGUUGCCAGAAGAGAAUCCCACAGAGUUAGAAUCUGAAAUACAAGACGCCUAUAUGGAAUGUGCUUCAGAGGAGAUAGCGGCAACACUGUCAGAUGUCAAUGUGGAUGAACAGGCCCCUUGUGAAGAUCAGGCACUGGAAGUGAUACCAGAAGUGACAUCACCGAGUCCCGACUUGAUGCAGAUUAUUUGUGCAGCUGCUGACUUUGGUUCUGAAAACAUCUAAUCAAGUCACCCGGAAGGUACUUCAGACUAAAUAUCUGUAAAAGUUGUUUUUUUUUCCUCCUUUUGAAGAUG